UGCCUCCCCCCGAGCGCCUCUCCCUCUCUCUCCCUCUCUCUCUCCCCCUCUCCCUCUCCCUCUCACGCGCACACAUGGCGGGCUCGGUGGCUUAAAGGAUCCAUCUUGGGAGCUGGUGGAAGGGGUGGGAGCUUUGGAGGGGGGUUCCUUGGAGGAACUGUUCGAGUUCCUGGGAGAAAUCUCUUCGUGUUUCGCCUAAUUCCUGUUUACGGCUCCAAUGGCGGAUCAAAAGCCUAAGAGAUCGCUUUUUUAGAUGAAUUCCAUGAGUUUUACGUAGGCUUUGUUUGUUUGGGGACAUGGAGGUCUGGUUUCCAGUUGGAAUGGAGGAUUCGGAGUUUUUAAGGCCAGGUUCGUGGAAGAUUGUCGGCAAAUACCUCUAGGAGUAUGGGUUUCUUGCUCCGAUCUGGCGCUUAUUUCUGAUUUUGGGGCAAAAGUUUGAGACAUUUCCGUUUUUCUUGAUUUUUUUUUCUUUCUGGUGAGAGGUUGCAUCUUUAAGCUUUGGGAGCCAAAGCCGCUUCCAAUGGGAGAAUUAGUUCGCGAGUUCUUACUAAUUUCAAUUGUUUGUUAAGCUCCUGCAUGCUGUGGCUUAGAACGGUGGCUUCUUGGGUUUCGGCUUCUACUGUUUUGCUCGCAUUCCUCUUCGAGUUCUUGAGAGCCAUUUCAGGUGGAAACCAUGGAUGGUACCCAGAAUUCUGAAGAUUUUCACUGCUCUAUUGAUAAAUCCUUGAAAAAUUGGUGAAUGGAGCUGACGGGAUCGGUUUCUGCUCUUUGAAUCAGGAUUGGAAGAACCACGGAUUUGAAUAAUUGUGUUCUUUUGCACCCUUCUGCAAGAUUAGCCAUGGAUCACCUCUCUCUCUUUGCACUAAUUCCUUUUCUUUUUCUCCUGCUAUGCCUUCCCUCUUUAACAAUUGCUGACUUGAAUUCUGAUAAGCAAGCUCUUCUUGCCUUUCUGGCUGCAAUCCCUCAUGGCCGCAAACUAAAUUGGAGUUCUAAGACCCCAGUCUGCUCUUCUUGGGUUGGAGUCACAUGUACGCCUAAUCAAACUCGUGUGCUUAACCUCCGACUACCAGGGGUUGGGCUCCUAGGGCCGAUUCCAGCUAAUACACUUGGAAAGCUUGAUGCCCUUGAAGUCUUGAGCCUCCGAUUCAAUCGCCUUAUGCUAUAUCUUCCUCCAGAUGUUGCAUCGCUUCCUUCUCUGCACUCUCUCUUCCUUCAGCACAACAAUUUAUCUGGAAUUAUACCUACUUCACUGACUUCCAACCUGACAUUGCUUGACCUCUCCUAUAAUUAUUUUAUGGGGGAAAUUCCAUUGACAAUUCAAAAUCUUACUCAACUUACUGCAUUGUAUCUUGAGAAUAACUCUCUCUCUGGCCCCAUCCCUGACCUUCAACUUCCCAAGCUAAGACAUUUGAAUCUGAGCUACAACAACCUUAGUGGUGAGAUACCAAUUUCUCUCCGCAAAUUCCCAGUUGAAUCGUUCCUAGGAAACCGUUUACUAUGUGGUCCCCCUCUACCACAAUGCCGAGGACUUGCUCCUUCACCUUCACCAAUCUCACCCCCACCAGCAUUCCCCCCAAAGCCCAAAAAAAGCUUUUGGAAAAAAUUAAGUACAGGUAUCAUAGUUGCAAUUGCUGCUGGUGGAGGAACCCUGCUGUUUCUACUGGCAAUUGUACUUAUAGUAUUCUUUUUGAAGAGGAGAGAUAGGGAAGGCAGUGCAGCGUCAAAGGGCAAGGGUCCUGCUGGAGGAAGGAGUGAAAAACCUAAAGAGGAAUACAGCAGUGGGGUUCAAGAAGCUGAGAGGAACAAGUUGGUUUUCUUUGAGGGUUGUUCAUAUAAUUUUGACCUAGAAGAUCUACUGAGAGCUUCUGCUGAAGUUCUUGGGAAGGGGAGCUACGGGACUACCUAUAAAGCUGUUCUUGAAGAUGGUACAACAGUAGUGGUGAAAAGGUUGAAAGAGGUGGUGGUUGGGAAGAGAGAGUUUGAGCAGCAGAUGGAAAUAAUAGGAAGAGUAGGACAGCACCCAAAUGUGGUGCCACUUCGUGCUUAUUACUAUUCCAAGGAUGAGAAGCUUCUUGUUUAUGACUAUGUCCCUUCUGGCAGCUUCUCUACCCUCUUGCAUGGAAACAAGGGUGCUGGAAGAACUCCAUUGGACUGGGACUCGCGAGUAAAGAUCUCACUGGGAGCUGCACGUGGCAUGGCACAUAUACACACUGAAGGAGGUGGAAAGUUCGCCCAUGGCAACAUCAAGGCCUCUAACGUCCUCCUCACCCAGGACCUCGAAGCUUGCGUAUCUGACUUCGGCCUUGCCCCACUUAUGAACACCCAUGCAACUCCCUCCCGAGUUGUGGUGGGCUACCGUGCACCUGAAGUAAUUGAGACCCGAAAAUACACUCAGAAAUCCGAUGUCUACAGCUUCGGCGUCUUACUCCUUGAGAUGCUUACUGGAAAAGCCCCACUUCAAUCUCCAGGACGCGAUGAUGUUGUGGAUCUACCAAGAUGGGUCCAGUCUGUCGUCCGAGAAGAGUGGACUGCAGAAGUUUUUGAUGUGGAGCUGAUGAGGUAUCGGAAUAUUGAGGAAGAGAUGGUCCAGAUGCUUCAGAUUGCGAUGGCAUGUGUUGCAAGAGCUCCAGAUCAACGUCCUAGAAUGGAGGAAGUGAUUAGGAUGAUUGACGAGGUUCGGCACUCUGACUCGGAGAACCGGGCAUCCUCGGAGGAGAAGCCCAAGGACUUGAAUGUUCAAACACCAUGACAGGAUGUGAAGAAAGCACAGGAUUAGUUGUUUAGAAAUUAGUUUGUGGAAGUGAUUUGAUUCAGUUAGUGAGUUCUAUUUGUUGUGCGACAGAUAGCAUGCAUGCAUGGGGAUACUUGCAUCGAAGGGCAUUCUGAUCCUUGCAUGUAUUUAUGUGUCAAGUUUGAUGAUUGUUGCAGUAACAAGAAUUCAUUUUUUUGAAAAUUUGAUUGCUGAAUUUUAUUUACUCCAUUUUUCCUCUUCAUGUUGAGGGUUAACUUGGUUUUUUAUAUUUCAGUUAAAUAUUGAAGGUGACAUUCUUUUCUCA